AGAUUUUAAAAAAUAAAAUUGUGACAUUCGGUGUAACUAAUAAUUAUAUAAUAAUGAUUGUUUUUAUAGGCUAACUCAUUAUCUGGUAAUUAAUAUUAUUUGUUUUAUUAAAAAUAGCGUUUGCUGGUAUUUCUAAGCGAUUGGAUUUAUGUAUAAAAAGUAAAUGUUAAGGGGUCAUCACUUGAAUUGUAAAUUGUGCAGCCAACAGAAACAGACUUAGUCGUCCAUAGAACAGGUAAUUAAAAUGAAGAUGAUCGCAGUUCUAUUCUUGUGCAUAGUAGUUGCAAUAAAUGCAGUUAGCGAGUGUCCAGACUUUCCUGGUGUAGGAGUUAUGAAAGCUGGAGAACAGAAACCAGUCCAAGGAACCUGCAACAUUGCCACCUGCCAUGAAGAUGGAUCUAUUUCCAUGUUAACAUGUCCUGCAGGAGCCGCUCUUCCGCCAUGCAAGUUUGUAGACGGUGAUCAGACUAAAUUGUACCCUGAGUGUUGUCCCAAGUAUUGGUGCCCACCAAAAAACUGAGUCAAUAAAGAAAUUAAAAAAAAUAAAUGAUAUUGUUUUUUAUUUUAUAAAAUAAAUUUUAAAAAUUAA